CCACGGCAAAAUGGACCCUCCACUCACUUUCCCCUCGAGAACCGAAUUCCACAAAGCCCUCAUAAAUGCAAACGUAUCGACAACCGAUCAGUGGGAUGUAGUGGCCAGCUACUCCCAGGAGAAACUGCAGCCUCUCUUGAAAAAGUACUGGUCCGAGAAAAUCGGGCCUACUUCUAUCAGUUUGCCUCCUCACAGAUCAGGACACGGAAGACAUGCCCUCACGACAACGUACACUCUCGAUCUAAGCGCGCCACAUUUCGAGUUUGAGAAGUUGAAAAACGAUGCAGGAAGCACUUCCAUGGCCAGGAUUACGUGGGCCUUUACUGGCACUUCUGAUGAGGUGGACAAACAGAACACACAUGAGAAAACAACAUUGACAGCCGAAGAUGGCUUUUCCUUGAGUGUUUUGACGCCGCUCUAUGCCAUAGGCAGUGGUACUGAAGACAUUAGCAAGGCGAAGACAAGUCAUGAGAUAAUCGAUUUUUCCCACGGCGUCCACUCUUCUUACAAAAUCACUCUUCAGUUCCAAAACACUGAAGCCACCACCUGGACAGUCCAUUACAAGGGCUCCGCAAAGGAAUCUUCACAUGCCACUUCGGGCUCCAAAACGGACUCCAAGGAUGACGACAAACAGGGCAUUGCCGAUGAGCUAAAUGAUGCGGCAAAGGAUAUUGCUGGUGAAUUGAACAAUAAGAGUAGAGUGAAAGGCUUCAGAUUCACCCUAGGCGAGGUCAAGAACACCCCUAACCCCAAGGAUUAUGUCCUUACUCCUGAGAAAUUCCAAUUUACUGUCGACCGAGGCAUCUUGAGUAUCUUCAUCAAUGUAAAGGGAGGCGACGGAAAAGGCAACUCAGCGCCUCAAUUCAAGCUCGCCCAUGACAAUCACUUUGCCCCCAUGCCCAAAGGAUACGAUGCAAGUAUCAUCCUGUCCAAGAACCUGAUCCGCGACAAGUACAUGAUUCCCCAGAUACAGGAAAAAUGUGGGCACAUGCUCAAAGACCACGGCGGUGUAACAACAGACGAUGGACUGCUUGGCCCUUCUGUUAAAUUGAAAUUCAACAAUGGCAAAGUUUGGUCUGGGUUCAAAACUGGAGGCGGGGUUAUCACAGAGGGACAUAUCGAUAUUGACUGGGACAAUUAUCCCCUCGUUCUGACACUCUUUGACGAUAGCUCGACUCUUGAGCCGCGCUACAAGUGGAAAUGGGACAAUGCGCUCGUCACCCUGACUUACUGGAACAUUACCCCUAAGGCAGGUAGGAGUAGAGAUCAUACGACUUCCAUGCAUGCAAGCAUCCCCGAGAACUCAUCACCAGUGGCCACUUUCACCAACAACGAUCAUCUGGAAUUCAAAAUCGCUUUUACUGAGAAGAAUCAGCCAAAUGCCAAAUUCACCGAUAUUGGCGGCGCAGGGGCGUCGGGCUCAGUGAGUUUUCAGACUUUCGACAUGAACCUGCCUGAUAUCAACUUCUUCCGAACGCAAAAUGUGGUUGCGCCUGGGGAGGAUAUCAUCACGCCAAAGAGCACCAUGUGUCCUUGUGAUCUGUUUAUUUUUGGCUCGAUGGAGAGCAAGUAGGCUCUCCUUACUUUGUCCGAUUCGAAUUCAUGGGAAUACAUGGAGAAUGAUCAUAGUGUACACAGUGACAGAUCCGCUAUUAAAUUAUUUUUCUUGUUGCCAUGGUAUUCGGAACAGUCAACCAGUUAGAAAGUGUUACAACUACUUGAAGCGACAACGUCCGGUACAGAGUUGUAUAACGAAGUAUUAAGUUGAUGUGGC